AUGUCUCAGAAGAAGAUAUUCCUUGUAUUGAUAGCCAUCAGUACUGUCAGCUUGCUUCUGCACCAUGGGGGUCACUUGAACUUGACAUUUGAGGCAUUCUGGUUGGGUUGUCCAUCCUCAAUGCUCUCUUCAGCUCAGGGCAGUAGUGGUCCUGCUCCUAAACACACCAGUAUAUCCUUCCUGAAGACACACAAAACGGCCAGCUCCACUGUGCAGAACAUCCUGUUCCGCUUUGCCGAGCGAAACAACCUCUCCGUAGCGCUGCCUAUUACCACCUGUGACCACCAGUUCUGCUACCCUCGGCCAUUCAGCACUCACUUUGUUCACCCUCACACCACACCCCCCGACAUUAUCACCAAUCAUUUGCGGUUCAGCCGUGCUGAACUACGACGCCUCAUGCCCAACAACACAAUUUACAUAACAAUAUUGCGGGAACCAGGAGCUAUGUUUGAGUCUCUAUUUAGCUACUAUAAUCAGUACUGUCUCAGCUUUAAACGGGUGCCAAAUGGCUCUUUAGAGACUUUUCUGGAUCAUCCUUGGAGCUACUAUCGUCCAGAAGAGAAAGAUUCAAUGUACGCAAGAAACACCCUUACCUUUGACCUAGGUGGCGAUAAGGAUCGUCCAUCAAUUGGGGCACCAGCAUAUGCAAAACGGUUUGCUGCAGAGGUAGAGCGGGUGUUCUCGUUGGUGAUGAUCGCAGAAUACUUUGACGAAUCGUUGAUACUGCUGCGCCGUUUGUUGUCUUGGGACCUUGACGAUGUUCUGUAUGUCAGUCUGAACAUGCGCACUCCUGACUCAAAGAGCAGCCUUUCCAGCGAAAAUACAGCCAAAAUCCGAGCAUGGAAUUCCAUAGACUCUGUGCUGUAUGAUUACUUCAAUGCCUCACUUUGGCGGCAGCUGAGAGCUUUAGGACUAUCAUGCAUUGAGCGGGAAGUCCAGCUGUUGCGUCAGUCCCGUGAUAGACUUGUACGUGGUUGCUUUGGUGGGCAUUUGCCACCGCUUCGCUCUGCUUCUCAGAUCACAAAUAAGGAAUUGCGGCCUUGGCAGCCCAGUGCCAAAGUGGCAAUUGUUGGAUAUGAUUUACCAAUCAACAUAACACAAAAAGGCCAUGUCCCACUUCGAGAAGAGUGUCUAAAGAUGAUAAUGCCUGAGGUGCAGUAUACACGGCUUUUGCUCCGAUCAGAGUCACUACGUUAUCGAAGGCGGUUUCCAUUACGGAACUCCCAGCAGAUUUUACAAUCUGCAGGACAUGUUCGGGCACACAGAGAGCCUCCACCUCCUAGUUUGAUUCCACAACCAUCUGAGACUAUGUCUCAGAGCACCAGAAGGGCGCUACAGCUUUCCUAA